CUCGCCGGCCUGCCGCCUGCUACUGACGUAAUCGCAAGGAAAAGAAGCGAGCACGAGAAUUCCAGACUCAACGGGGCCCCUUCUUUCUCUCACCGGUCGGGCCUUUCCCAGUGUGGGUCAAGUCAUGGAGGCGGAAAACCGGUUUAGUGCGUUGACUGCUCCCAAGUGGAAAGCCUUGGGAACUGACGCCCUUCCACGCCGACCAGAGUGCCACGGAGGGUUCUUCCGAGCCAGAUUUCCGCGUUCGCCGCCGCCACAUCUCGGAAGGAAGGAAGGAAGGAGGGGGGAGCAAGAAGGCCGCCAGGCGAGGAGGGCAGCUGAGAAACAAGGCGAACCUUGUUUCUACAUUUUACCUCGAUUGUCGGACAAGGCUGGAUAUCGUGAGCAGUGUCGUUCGAUCGUCCACCUGUCUCCCGGGAACAAGUCACGGUUGCGCGCCCCUACUUUCUCGGCUGGCUACGGCGACGGCCCAAGACGUCGUCGUCCCGCGUCGCGAGCUUCGACAUGGCGUAAAAGACUGGGAAACUGAAACCUCAGCUGCCACUUUGGAACUUCGUUUGGAGUAUAUUGUGCAGCGUGAAGUGCGUUUGUGCUUGUGACUUCAUGUGUGUGUGUGUGGUCGUGUGUGCUUGUGAUACCGACGUCAGUCGUGGAUACCUCCAGGACUGAACCACGUCCUCGGCUUGUCAAGAUGCUUCAAGGGGAAGGAGGCAUUGCAUAAAAAGGCCAGUCUGUAGGAGCUACAAAAUGGCAUUUGCCACAUCACCCUUCACACCGUUCGAAGUAUGGAGGUGGUUCCCUUUAGUUCUUGUGAUAGCACUAUGCCAAGGUCAGGCAAAUGCACCACCAGAAUUUCUAGUCGGCGGAAACAUGGAAAAAUUCUCCAUCCGUGAAGAUACACCAGUUGGGACAUCGGUGUACACAUUAAGAGCCAUAGACCCAGAACACACAAGGCUUUCAUACUAUAUCAGUGGGGGAACAUUCAGUGUGAACAAGGACACUGGCGUCGUAAAAUUGACUCGACCCUUGGAUAGGGAGGAGGAAAGCACGGUCGAUGUCAUUAUUAGCAUUACUGACGAAAAGACACAAGGCCAAAAAGCCAACACGGUCUCCUUGCAAAGAGAAAUAAGCAUCCUUGAUUACAAUGACAACCCUCCGGUGUUUGAGAACGGCCCUUACACAUUCCAUGUGGACGAGGACACUACAAUUGGGACUACAGUUUACAAAGGAGUCCUAGUGACUGAUGCUGAUCUAGGCAUUAAUGCAGAUGUCCAAGUCACUUGCCAGAAACAACUUACACCAAAAGCUUGCAGCUUGUUUGCCUUGAGGCAAGUAAGACUGGGUAUUGGAAAGUUCCUUCAAGAAAUUGUAUUGGACAAGGAACUGGAUUACGAAGAAGAAACAACUUAUGUGAUGAGCCUACUGGCAAAUGAUCUUGCAACUGAGAACAGAAUGAACUCAACAGCUGAUGUUAUCAUUAAAGUUAGGGAUGUUCAAGACCAACCACCUGUGUUUGUGGCAGCGUCAUAUUCAGCCACUGUUUCUGAAAACAGCCGAGAGGGAACUUCUGUCCUGUUGGUAUCAGCACAUGAUGCAGAUGCAGGUGUUAGGAGGCAGCUGUCAUUUAAGCUCCUCAAUGAUACAAAAGGAUACUUCAGGCUCGGGGUUAUGCAAGUUGAUGAGAAUGGUGUUCACCACAUCAUCAUAGAAACCUCAGAAGUUACCAUUGACAGGGAGGACCCUGACAUUGAAAAAGGUGGUGGGCUGUACAAUUUUCAGAUUGAGGCUGUUGAGGUUGUUAAUGGAGUCCCAAAAGGAGAGGUGGCUGUUGCAGAUGUUAAUGUCGUCAUUAUGGAUGAUGAUGACCAGCUGCCCGAAUUUAACAGUAACACCUUUAGUGUGUCUGUCCCAGAAGACAUCCCUGAGAACUCUGCAAUCCUUGGUCUCAACAUGAUUGUGAAUGACAAUGAUGUGGGGGACAAUGCCAAAUUCAGUUUGCACCUUCGGAACAUCAACAACUCUGAGAGUGUCUUUUCAGUUUACCCUUCAUCGGCAGUUGGACGAACCCCAGUGUUGAUCAAGGUUGCUGAUGCAAGCCACCUUGAUUACGAGAAUGAGAGCCAACGCGAAUUUGUUUUUUACGUCGUUGCAUCACAACAUGGAUCAGAAGUUUCUAGUGCUACCGUUACAAUCACCCUGUCAGAUGCAAAUGACAAUAGUCCAGUGUUCGAGAAUGACCAGUAUCUCAUCCAAGUGCCAGAAAAUGCCAGGAAUGGGACAUCUGUGUUCUCACUUGUUGCUUAUGAUGCUGAUAGUGGACAAUACGGGAAGCUGUCCUAUGCCAUGAAGGGUUAUGGCUCAGAAAGGUUCAUAGUGGAAAAAGACACAGGACAAAUAAGGAUAGGCAUGUGCAAAGAUAGCUGCCUCGAUUAUGAAACUGUGCCCAAUUAUUCAUUCACAUAUGAGGCACAGGAUGGUGGUGGCAAGGUUUCCUCAGUGAACCUUUUUAUUCAAGUGGUUGACGUCAAUGAUAAUGCUCCCAAAUUCACCAAGGACAGCUACCUGGUGGACUUGAUGGAAGAUGCCACAGAAUUUGCAUCUCCCAUCUUUGUCAAGGCCACAGAUAUUGAUGGUCCAAGCCAAGGCAACGGCAGGGUGCGGUACUGGCUCAAAGCCACAAACCUAUCCAAUCCAGAAAUUCUGUCGAUCGACCCCGAUUCUGGGCAGUUGUUUCUCCUGGGUGGCCUGAACAUCACGGCUGCUCCAUAUGGUGCCACGAAAUUCAUUGUUAUCAUUCAGGCCAUAGACUAUGGAGACCCGCCGCUGGCAUCGGACACUUCUUUAAUUAUUCGGCUGAAGAGGAAAAAUGAAGGUGCACCAUACUUCCUCAAUGCACCUUACAAAACAAGUGUGAAAGAAAAUGCAAAGCCAGGUAUUUGCUGUAGACGGUGGAGCAGUCCCCCAGAAAGCCUACACCAGUGUCACAGUGACGGUCCAAGACGUGAACAACAAAGCACCAGUCUUCGCAAAGGACACCUAUGUGCAUUGGGUCACUGAGAGUUUGCCAGUGGGCAGGGAGGUGCUGAAUGUGACAGCAACUGAUCCAGAUUAUGGGGCCAAGAUCCGCUAUACAAUUGAAGAACCUAUUACUGCCAGAGACAAGACAGGAUCAGUAGUCAUGUCCUCCAUUGGAUAUAACUAUAAGAAUGCUUUUCGAAUUGAUGGUGUGACAGGACAGAUAACUGUCAACAGUCCUUUGGACUACAAUGCUGCUUCAGUCAUUACUUUCAAUGUUGCGGCUGUGGACCAGAAUGCCUCUCUCGAUCCCCAGAAGACAUCCGCGGAAGUAACUAUCUACAUCCAAGCUCACAGCGAAAGCAAUCCCAUCUUUGCUCCACCGUGGACCCCUGCCAACCCGAAGAUAGAAAUAACAGUGCCUGAGGAGUCUGUUGUAGGCUCCACCAUCUUUACAGUCACAGCUCGUGACCCCCUUACUCAUGCGGCAGUCACCAACUUUGCCAAGAUUCCAGAAUCGGAUCAGGGAAGUUUCUUCUCAGUGAGCCCCAUAUCAGGUGCUGUGACUCUAAACCAGAGGCUGGACUAUGAAGACCUUCCAGAAAAAGUGCUGGCCUUUGAUGUUAAGGCAGUCAUAGGUCUCGACAAGAACAACCAGAGAUCCUCCAUUGCUACUGUCAUCAUCAACGUCCAAGACAUCAAUGACAACAGUCCUGUGUUUUCUCAGAACUCCUAUGUAACCACAGUCUCAGAAGCCACCAAGUACCCCCAGACCAUACUCCACAUUGCAGCAACGGACAAGGAUACUCAGCAGGAGUAUGGUGUGGUGUGGUAUUCCAUCUCUGGGGAAGGAACCGACGUUUUCAGCAUCAACGAAACAACCGGAACAAUUGGAAUUCAGGAGGGUGCCACCCUUGACAGAGAAAGGAAAUCUGUCUACCAUUUGCAAGUGACAGCCAUUGACAAUCCUAGCAGUCCCUCAAACCAACGCAGGACAUCAGUGCUGGUGGUGAUCAAAAUUCAAGAUGAAAACGACAACGCUCCAGAAUUCAGCCAGUCAGGUUACACUGCCGUCGUUCCUGAAAAUGUCCCAACUGGCUUCAGUGUUCUGACCGUAAAAGCAACUGACAAAGACAGUGGUGUCAACUCUGAAAUCAGUUAUUCUUUCGUGGAUGAGCCUGAGCUCGAACAGAUCGACCUGUUUGCAAUGGACGACAAGACAGGGGUGAUCAGCGUCAUCCAGCCCUUGUCUGGCAGGGGUCGGUCAGAGCCUUACUUCUUGACCGUUCGGGCUACCGACGCGGGCUCUCCACAGCUCUCCACCGACGUCAAAAUCCUGAUAAUUAUUGGGGAUGUCUCUUCUAACGACGGCAUACCGCGCUUCAUUCGUCCACGGCUUGGAGAGAUUGCUUAUGUACACGAGAAUGUCACUAUUGGCACAUCUGUGUUUCAAGUGCAGGCAGUUGACCCAGACAAUGCGUUAUCCUCCAAUGGCCAAGUGGCUUACAAAUUUCUGGACAAACACAGUGCUAUCGGUGAGGAGUUGAACUUCGAAAUUGACCUGGCAUCCGGUCUAAUCAGCACCACUGCGAUCCUCGACAGGGAAAAGCGGGAUAACUAUACUUUGGUUGUGGUUGCCUAUGACAUGGGGGUUCCUCCUCAAGAGGCUCAUCAGCUUCUGAGGGUCGUGGUCCUGGAUGUCGACGACAAUGAACCUGAGUUUGAGAGGCCGCGGGAUGCUGAACCGGUUGUCAUGAAGAUAAAGGAGGAAUUGCCAGUUGGUUCCAUAGUUGGAAAAGUCAAGGCCUUCGACAGAGACAUGGGAACUAAUGCCUUUAUUGAUUAUUUCAUAGUUGGUGGGAACCUGGACAACGUCUUUGCGAUCCAGCGCACGGGAAACAACGAGGGAGAAAUUAUCACGAAGAAGAGGGUGGACAGGGAGGUCAAGGAGAGGUACAUGUUGACCCUCAAGGUGAGGAUGCCUUCGAAGCCGUUGGAGGAGGUGGACAUCACUUACAACCCCGAUGACAAGACGCAGCUCCAGGUCGAUGUCCAAGUUGAGGACAUUGACGACAACUCCCCGUCUUUCGAGAAACCGAGCUAUGUUCUGGGAAUUCGUAUGAACACCGAGAUUAACAGCGAGUUACUGGUGUUAAAAGCAAGAGACCCUGACAGCUCGUCAAGCAUGAUAAUGUACUCCAUUAGAAAUGUGACCUAUUACAGGCCAUCAUCUAAGGAAUCCCUGCCUGUCAUUGGUCAGUUUGAACUGGACGCUCACAAGGGAAUUCUAAGGAGUGUGAGAAACCUGGGGAAAUACAGAGAUGGUUAUUUUGACAUUACUGUGGAAUGCCAAAGUGCUCCAGGUCCCCAGAAUAUUGCCAUGACCCAUGUCAGGGCCCAUAUUCUUCAUGAUUCUGACUUGAUGAAGUUUAUCUUCUACAAGCAACCGCAGGAAAUUCGGAAAGUGAUUCCUCAGUUUGAAAAAGAUCUGAACCAAGCACUAGCAAGUGCGGUGACUGCCAAUAUUUAUGAUACCCAGUACUCAACACGUGAAGAUGGAAGCCUGGAUUUUGAGAGUGCAAGUUCAUGUUUCCAACUCCUCGAAAACGGACUUGUUGUUAGUCCAGACAUGGUCCUUAAGAUGCUCGACAUAUCAACGUCUCCGAGGGUUCACGCACUCUACCAAAACUACAGUAUCGUUGGAAUAGAGAAGUGCACCCCAGGGAGGAGCCCUUACAAGAUGAAAUGGACUGAGAUAUGUGUCCUCAUCGUGGCCUGUCUCAUUGCAUUGACUGGAUUUAUUCUCACAAUAUUACUCUGUUUUGUGAGGGCCAGCUACAAAUCUGGACUCAAAAAAAGGAAGGCUCAUCGUAGCACGAGGAUGCUAGCGGAGCAGACGUAAGUUGGUGGUUGGUUUUAUUUCUUAAGAAGUGAAAAGUCGUUCAACUAGUUUUUUUGCUGUCGAAAUCUUAUGAUUUGGGCCCAUGACUUCAUUUGUGCCCUGACCAGGCAAAAUAAGCAUGUAUAGUAUUAUUUAUCCGUGACAAGUUCUGCAAACGUUCUCCAAACAUUAAGAGAAGAAUAUGCUGACAAAGAUUAAUUUCUAUAUGUAUCGCAUUCGAGGAAAAUUAGGCCCUUACAUGCGAUAAUGAAGUGGUGUAUAGUGUAUACCAUGUAUUUGGUAGCAUAGGUCAUGUUACAAGGCAGUUGCUGACAAUAAGGUAAAAGUAAAACAGGCACAUAGUAGUAGAGGAGGACUGCAUCCCUGCCUAACAGGGGAAAGCUGAUUACAAUGCAUAGUGCGCACGCUCGGCAGAUUAAUUUUGACUGCUAGAGUUUUGUCGUCACUUCUGAUGAACUGCCCGAACGGUGUGUGAAUAGUGAAGAAAGCACUGCUUGCAGAUUGGCCUUCAAUCUGCCCAUAGUCGGCGACAGGAUGUGCUAAUUAUUGCAUUAACAAAAAAUGCCCCAAUCAUAUUCACCCAGGACCCACCUAUCACUAAUGGAUAGCGAUAAAACUAACGACAAAUUUUCACCUUGUUUACAUAUAUAUAUUUUCCAAACCCUUAUUGGUUCAUUGCUGAAAUUUUGGUAUGACUUCAUGGUUCCGGUUUCAAAUUAUAUUUACUGGAAAUUCUGGCUUUUCAUCUAUGAUUUUUUCUUCCACAGUCCUGCUGUGUCUAUGAUAUCACUGCCAAGUCAUCAACGCAUUUAUGAAUGGCAGGAGUCAAACAACGGACCAGCAAUGGAUGCAAUGUCAUAUAGAAGCUACCCAACAAUGAGGUGAAAGGCUGCGUCAUGUUCGGGGUUUAUGAAACCAACUGCCAAGGUGGGGGAAAGCCGAGAUCCCUCGAGCUGAUCUGCACAUCUUUACUAGUGCCUUUGAGAACAAUGAGGUGCCAGUGCCUGGAGAACAAUACUUCUUGACUCUGGAAAUCAUCCAGCUUCAAAAGUGCAACCUCUUGUUUUGCGUGAAGGUUGCUUCGUAGAAGCCACUGUCUACAAGACUCUCGAGAAGUGAGUGUGAUAGUGCUCCCUUGUGUGAAAACCUGCUUUGACAACUCGAGGCAGCAUUAGCGAGUGCCAGAUACUAUACAUAUGAAAAUAUUGCUGUCAUUUGAUCUUGAUGUUUUCCAGUGUAAGCUUUCGUGAUGAUGUGUUAUGCAUGUUUGAAUACUAAUCUGCUUGCUAAAGUGUACCGAGUGCUAAAAUUCUGCGAUAUUUCUCAUUUGUUUCCAUUUAUGUGAAGAAGAAACAAAUGAACUAAUUUAAUUCCCUCGUCAGAAAGUAGAACUUACAGGCAGCUAUCAUAAUAACCUUGGAAUUAUUUAAGAGUGUAAUUGUGUCUUUUAAAUGUGCUGACAUACCUGAGAAGUAUUUCCAAGCUCCACUAUUCAUGAGUAAUCCACAUCAUGAUUGCUUUACGUUGUUUCUGAGAAUUAUAAGUGCAUGCCCAAUUAUAAUUACUAUCUUAAAUUUCCGAAGGUACACAUUUUUCAGUUUGCAUUACGUAACCAUGCUAACAGCAGAGUGGAUUUGUAUGUGUGUCACAACCAAGCAGGAUAUAAAAACCCUGUAUUGGAGGCUGAGGUGGAUCAAAAGUGUCCAAGUAGUAUGUUGUAUAUAGUUCUGUAAAAAUGUUUUUUUUUUUUUUUUUGACAAUUGCACUUGUUGACUUGCAGCUGUUUUCAAGCAAUGCGAUGCCUUGUUAACUGACAGCCUACUAGGCGCUCUGAAGAGCUCUUUAAAAUGAAUCUGCUGUAGUAUUGCUCACCUCCUUAUAAUGCUGGUACGUAAUAAGUUAUAAAUAACAACUAAUAGGCCUUCAAAAAAAAUUAACAUCUGUUACGGUUACCAACAGACCAAGAACAUCUAGAUCAGUGGUUUUGACAAAUGCCUCAAGAUACGUUGUGGUCUUCAGGUCGUUGACCUGAUUUCGGCAGCUUUUUCGGCUUGUGCUUCAAUAUUGGUAACUAGAUGUGUGAAAGUUAUGCCUCCAAAUAUUUUUUUCACAAAGCUUUGGAGCAUAAAUGCUAAUGAAAUUGCACAUAGAUUAUUACCACAUUCUUCGCAUACAUUUUGUAACCUUUUCAUGAAGCCUUCAUCAUUAUCUAUACUCUUUUGCCAUCGCCGGGUAAGUCGCUUACCUUGAAAUACCGAGCAAGUGGCCAUUUAAAAUUCAGACAUCUGGAAAUGUGCUUGUUAGGUCUUAGAACAAAAAUGCGGAAGGGGCACACGAUAGGACGGACUUUGCACUGUGGUGCUAAGAAAAGCGACUGAUAAGUGUGAGAGCUCGGUUAGCUAGGCAGGCUCUUGAUAUGUCCUUCGCUUAGUUUUCAAACAUUUCAAAAGUAGCCGGUGGGUGCUUAUCAUGACACGGGUGUAUGCUCGGUGUUUUUCCGGUAAUUUCAUUAUCAUAAAAGUCUGCUUCAACUUUAAAUAUUGUCGCACAUCCUUUCAACUUGUCGCCGUUUGACAUGGGGCAUUCUUCGAGAGUGUUUUUUUAACGGACUGCCACUUGUUUGGUCGGUUAAGAACAUACUCAGGUUUGAAAUUUAAUUGAAAAUUACUAAAUGAGAAAGAUGGCAGCAACAGUGCAGUUGGGUAUCCGUAACCGUAAUGAAUAUGCUAAAAAUAUUUUAAGGCAUUACAUUUGUGCUCCCCCCCCCCCCCCCCAAUCAUAUUAUGAAACAGUACUGUGAGAUGGCCAGAUACUUGACAUAAUUAUGGGCAGUUACAUGUAAGCUUACUCUUGCUUUUCUCCCAGAUUGACUAAGUGAAAAGUAGUGGCAUUUUCAAUCUCGUACCUUGAAUUGAGGUCAUUGACUGUUACUACUUGUCCAGGAUCAUUGCAGAACCCUUUCUUUUUUGAGUAGCAUCCUAAACAGUCUAUUUAUUUUUUUAUGUGCAAUGCUCGUUAUUGCAAAUAUUGCGAACACUCGUUUAACUUUGAAAAAUGGAUAGCACUCCUCUUUAUUAAGAAUGUAGGUAGUAAAAAUAAUGUGUGUGUGAUACUUAACCAUUGACCCAGAGCUGGAAUCUUAGUUUUGAUCUGAGGUUAUUGUAUUAUGUCUUCUAGUUUUUGCUCCCAUGUUACUCAUCAGUCAUACGUUCCUUGCCAUCAGACUUUUCUUUAUUAUUAUAAUUUAAGUAGCGAAACGGGCCCAUGUUUUUGGCCUGGGAAGUACUAAAAUAAAAACAAGAAAGAGAA